AGUCGUAUAAAAAGCAGGAACGGAGAGCAGAGGCAGAAGCUGCUGGAGAACGCACAUCAGAGUGUUGGAUCCUGUUCACCAGCAAACCGUCCACAAACCCAGAGGAAAGUAAGCCGGUGUCGCCGGGAUCUCCACAGCACGGUGAUGAGACAUGGUGGUGAGAAGGUGAUGGUGAUGGUGUGACAUGGCUCAGCGGAUCGCGAUCGCGUCGCUCCACGUUGCCGCUGGACGCGAGUGAAGAAGCUGCGGCGGAUGGAGGAUGGAGCACGCACCGGACGUGAAGUGUAAGAUGGUGGUGGUGGGGGACAGCGCGUGCGGCAAAACCGCCCUGCUCACCGUCUUCGCCAAAGACUGCUUCCCAGAGAACUACGUGCCAACGGUGUUUGAGAACUACACAGCCAGCUUUGAGAUCGACGCUCUCCGAGUGGAGCUCAGCCUCUGGGACACAUCUGGAUCGCCAUAUUACGACAACGUACGUCCGCUCUCGUACCCCGACGCAGACGCGGUGCUCAUCUGUUUCGACAUCAGCCGACCGGAAACCCUGGAGAACGUGCUCAGGAAGUGGAAAGGUGAGAUCGAGGAAUUCUGUCCCAAUACCAAAAUGCUCCUGGUUGGUUGCAAGUCAGACCUGCGUACAGACCUGGCAACCUUCGUGCAGCUUUCCAACGAGUUGCCUCUGACCUAUGAUCAGGGUUCGAACAUGGCCAAGCAGAUCUCAGCUCCUUACAUUGAGUGUUCCGCGCUGCAGUCAGAGAACAGCGUGAGAGACAUUUUCCACGUGGCUGCGUUGGCUUGCGUCAACAAGAGCAACAAAAACGUCAAACGUCACAAGUCUUCCAGAGCCACCAAGAGAUCUUCGCAGGUUCCCGCCAGAGCCGAGCACGAUUCCAUGUCGUGUCUGCACAAAAGCAAGGCCAAAACCUGUUCGAUGAUGUGAAGAACCAACAGAAACUCUUUCACGUGUUGGUAUUUGGAUUUUAUUUCCCAUCAGGAUUGAAAGCAUGGAUUUUUUCCCUUUUUUCCCAAUUUAUCCAUUGAUUCCUUCAAGAUGGUUUCACAAAAUACCAUAAUUCACAGGAAUGCCACAGCACUGAGGUUGGAACCUGAGACCUGAAUUCAUGAAGCGUUCAUGGCUGGGUCCAGGCCUGAUUUUCUCUCUUAAGCAAAGAGCAGGCAAGCAGCAAGGAGAUGGUGGACACACAUACAUCAAGGACGUAGAAAAAAGGACCACAAUCAUUUCGGGAACUGUGCUUAGGCUUUCUCCAUAUCUGAGGAAUUUUGUAAAUAAAUAUGAAGCAAUAAAUAAAUCCCUAACCCCUUGUGUGUAUAAA